GGGCGGGGCCUGGGGGGUGGAAGGCAGGUGGUCCCCGGGCUCUCGCGGCCUGGGCUCCGGGAUCCGGGAGGAGGACCCGCCGGCUCGGCCCCAGCGAUGCGCGCAGGAAGAUAAGGCGCCCCCCGCGCGGUCGCGAACGGGGCCGGAUUCCUAGGGAAGGCUCCCCCGGGGGAAUGUAGGACUCGCUGCAGGGCUGGGGGUGUUGGGAUCCCGGGCGUUCGCCGGGUCUAACCACAGAGCCCGGAGAGCUACCGUAUCGUAUCAGAGCCCCCACCCCGUCCUCUCUGCCAUCAUGAUUUUCCAUGGCAGCAGCACUAGCAGCCGCCUGAGGGUGAAAAUGUGGGUGAUGGGGAGGCUGGUCGUGACUCCGCUGUUUUUUCUCACGGCUCCUUUGGGCAACAGCUGUCCGCCCCCAGUAUACACUGUAGUUGAUUGCAGGGAAACCCUGUACCUCUCCCCUUCUGUCUCUACCGAUUUUGCACUUUUCUCUUUGCUCACCACCAAGUGUAAUCAAUAACAAGCACUGACGAUACAUAGCAAUAGUGAAAUCUGAAAUAACUUAAGAGUUAAUUAGGUACUACAGCCAUGGAUCUGGCUGGGUAAAAUCCAAUUGGAUAUUUCAGUUUCAUUCACCUACCCUGUUUUCGUGUUUUUUGGGGGGGUUGGGGUUUUUUUUUUUUUUUUUUUUUUUUUAUCUUCUUCUUCUUCUUCUUUUUCCCUUUUUCUUUGUAAUUCUUUUUAUUUGGGUAUUUGGAAAGCAGGGAUCAUCACACUUCCCACCCCCCCUCCUUCCUUUUCAUAAUCCCUUCUCUAAAGAGGGGGCAAAAUCCGGAUGGAUCUUAAGGAUUGGACUGGUGUCAGCUGUGUUUUAUUGCACACCUAAAUCCUGAUAAUAGGCUAUUCAUUUCCCCCAAAAGCCUUUACUUUGGCAUUUAAGCCAAAUGUGUUUUCUAAAAAGUUAGUUCCAAGUAUUUUCUCCUCUUUCUUUCCUUUCUCCCCUUCCUUUUUCCCAUAACCCCAGACGUUAUUGUCCAAACAUGACUGGACACCAGCUUUUGUUUCUUGACCCUGUAAUAUGACAGUCUGCUAAUAUUGCCAGAAGGUGCAGUUUUUGGGCUAUGGUCGUGAUUUUAGCUAUUCAAUCCUAUUAGCAGGAAAAAAAAUGACUUGUUUCUGUUGUACUUGAGUCUUAAGAAAAAGUGCCCAUAGUUUAGUGACAAUUUCCAAAGGCUUUAGUACCACCUGUAUUUCAAAAUGGGGGACCCAAACUCCCGGAAGAAACAAGCUCUGAACAGACUACGUGCUCAGCUUAGAAAGAAAAAAGAAUCUCUAGCUGACCAGUUUGACUUCAAGAUGUAUAUUGCCUUUGUAUUCAAGGAGAAGAAGAAAAAGUCAGCACUUUUUGAAGUGUCUGAGGUUAUACCAGUUAUGACAAAUAAUUAUGAAGAAAAUAUCCUGAAAGGUGUGCGAGACUCCAGCUAUUCCUUGGAAAGUUCCAUAGAGCUUUUACAGAAGGAUGUGGUACAGCUCCAUGCUCCUCGAUACCAGUCUAUGAGAAGGGAUGUAAUUGGCUGUACUCAGGAGAUGGAUUUCAUUCUUUGGCCUCGGAAUGAUAUUGAAAAAAUUGUCUGUCUCCUGUUUUCUAGGUGGAAGGAAUCUGAUGAGCCUUUUAGGCCUGUUCAGGCCAAAUUUGAGUUUCAUCACGGUGACUAUGAAAAACAGUUUCUGCAUGUACUGAGCCGCAAGGACAAGACUGGAAUUGUUGUCAACAAUCCUAACCAGUCAGUGUUUCUCUUCAUUGACAGACAGCACUUGCAGACUCCAAAAAACAAAGCUACAAUCUUCAAGUUAUGCAGCAUCUGCCUCUACCUGCCACAGGAACAGCUUACCCACUGGGCAGUUGGCACCAUAGAGGAUCACCUCCAUCCCUACAUGCCAGAAUAGAGUGCUGACCAGCAAAAUGGACAAGAUCACAGAGUGCAGCAGCAGUUUUUUGUUUUCUUGUUUUCUUAUACUUUAUUCUUUCAGAAUUUAAAGCAAAUGGACUCAUGCACAGAACACUAUGCAUUUUGAAACUUGUUCAUCCUGGAUUUUUUUUUUUUUUCCUUUUUGGUUAUUUGUGUCUCAGAACUUAAAAAAAAAUUAGGUGUGUCUUCUGCACGGACUAUGUGAAAGAAGAUGCUUUGCAUAUUUGCUGCACUGCAUCAGCAUCUUACUAAAAAUGUGAAAUGAAAGGACUAUUGUACACUGAAAUGCUUAAAUGUAUCUGAAAGCACAAGGUGAUACUCAUUUUUGAUGGUCUUUCCAUUUGUGCUGGUUUUUGCCUCUUGACAUCUGUCAUCAGUAUUUAGAGGGUGAGAAGUGAAUGUAAAAGAUAUAAAUAACAUUUAAAAAAAAAACUUAAUAGCUUUGCUGUAAUCACCGUUGUUCCAGAGCACUGUCAGAUUCAUUCUAAUGACCAGAAGUGGUUGUUCAAAAAAAAAAAAAAAAAAAAAAGAUACACAACCACUGGAAAGAAUUCUUAAAUGAAAGGAAAAAAAAAAGCAUCUCAUUGUAGGCAUUCUUGCCUCAUGUUUUACUGGGCCAUGUUUGUUUCCUGGUACUCAUAAAUGUAUUUUAUUUCCAGAUCUCUUUCCCUAAGUUGCUGUUAGGAGAGUAUUCUGCUGAAUGUGGAUACAGUUUAUACACAUUAAAACAGACCUGGAGUCUGAGGUAGCUAAAGCAGCUAUAAAACUGAGAAAUUCAUAGCUGCAGAAACCAUGAUAGAUGAAGGAUUUUUCUUUUUGGUUUUAAAGAGAUUUUUAUUACAAAGAAAACCCAGUGAAAUUGUGCAGAAAAUACUGGUUUCUACCCUAUCCUAAAGGAAAACUUGAGGGUUUUUUGGAGUAGAAAAAAGUUACUAAAGUUGGGAUCUUUAAAUUGUUUAAAAACCAUUCACUGUCAAAGCUCUAAAAGCAGAACUCACUUGUGCAAUGAACAUAAGGAAAGACUACUGUAUAGUUUUUUGGGUUUUUGUUUUUGUUUUUUUUUUUCUUUUUAAUGAAGAAAAGCUUUGCUUAAGGGUUGCAUACUUUUAUGGAGUAAAUCUGAAUGAUCCUACUCCUUUGGAGUAAAACUUAGUGCUUACUGGUUUCCAAUUGUAUUUAGCUUCUGGUUGGAAUUUGAAAAAAUGAAAACCUAAAUAAAAUAGGUGAAAGUUCCCUGACUAUUCAGGUGAAUACACAAAA